CAGUAUCGAAGAAAAUGCAUUAUUCUACCUUCGUUUAUCCCUACAUUUAAAUUAUGAUCUACGGAACAGUUCUUCAUCAACGUCGAAUAGUUUUCAUCGAAUGGUAUUUGCAUUCAGACCGGUCGCGUUAAUAAAAAAAAAAAAAAAAGAAAAGUGAAAGAAAGAAAAAAAAAAACAAACAAAUUAUAUCACGAUGAGAUUUACUCCCGAGGCUGCAUUAAAGUUUACAAAGAGAAGCGUUGAUUUAUUAGCUUUUUGGCCACCGCCGAUGAAUACUUCGAAAAAAAAAUUGAUCAUUUUGGAUGUUUACCUUUGCUUGUCUUUUCUGUGUGCUCAAACGUUAUUGGUGCUGUUACUGAACGGAAUCUAUGCUUAUCGCGAUAAUUUCGAGAUCAUGAUACAGUCAAUAUGUAUAGUAAUAGCUAUUAUACAAAUGAGCAUCAAAAUGAUGGCAUGUAGAAUGCAACGUUCGAGUUUGCAGUCGAUAAUAACGGAAAUGGAAAGUAUUGUUAAACUAGCCGCACCACACGAAAAAGCUGUACUACAAAAAUAUGUAAACAGAUCUGCUCUACUACACAUAUUCCUCACUUUUGGAUUUUAUUUAUCUAGCACGAAUAUCGUGUUGGGGCCAAUAUUUCUAUCGCAAUCGUUACCAACUUUCGCUGUUUAUCCUUUCGAUACGGCAUCACAUCCCGUUUACGAAAUUGUUUAUUUAACACAAGCAAUUACUGGUAUACAAGCUUCUACAGGUGCAACGAUUGAUUGUCAAGUCGCACUUUUACUAUGGUUCGCUGGUGCAAGAUUUGAAAUGUUGGAAAUUGAAAUAGCCAAUAGCGUGGACGAGUAUGAUCUUAAUCGAUGUAUAGAGAAACAUCGUCAGAUACUGAGUUAUGCAGAAAAGAUAGUGAAAACUGUACGUUUUGUGAUCCUUGCCACUGUUGGUAUUACGACCAUAUUAAUAGUAUUCAGUGGACUCUUACUCUUAUUUUCAGAUUCAAUUACGGUCAAAUUCCAAUUCCUCGUUUUGGAUAUUGUCGCCAUUAUUCAAUUAUUCCUGAACUCAUAUCCGGCAGAAAAUUUAAUAGAAAUGAGUACUGCGAUUGGACUGGCAGCUUAUGAUUUGAAUUGGUUUGAUAAAUCACGAAAAAUGUGCAAAAAUUUAUACAUUCUAAUUCAAAGAUCUCAAAAGCCAGUAACAAUCAGUAUCGCUGGAUUUAUCCCUGAAUUAUCUUUAACUUAUUACAUGUCGUUCCUAUCAUCGUCAUUUUCGUACUUCACAACGUUAAGAGCAGCAGUUAACUAAAACAAUUAUUUAAUCUUUUAUAUAUUUAUGAAGAAGCUUGUGUGAAUAAGAGCUAAGAAAAAGUAAAGGAGGAUAAAAAUAUCGAGUAUCGAUGUAAACCAAUGAACGAUAAAUAAGAAGUCUAGAAAAAUCUUUUGGACUUGUUCUCUCACGAAAAUGUACGAAAAGAAAGAAGAAAAUUUUAUUUUCGACUGUAAGUGCAAAACGUAUGAAAACACUAUCUGUAC